AUGGACCCCAUCCUUAUUCAUUGACCAUAUUGUUAUUCAUUGAUCUCAUCCUUAUCCAUCGACCAUAUCUUUAAUCAUGGACCAACCAUGACCCCAUCCUUAUCCAUUGACCAUAUCCCUAUUUGCCCAUCCUUAUUCAUUGACCAUAUCCCUAUUCAUGUCCUAUUCUUAUUCAUUGACCACAUCCUUAUUAAUUGACCAUAUCUCUUAUCCAUUGCUAUAUGGAUACCUACGCACCUGGGACAACUCUUAUAUCAUUUAUCCAUUGCAGUCCAACUACCUCUCUUCAAUCCGACCGACCCCCAUAGAUAUAUCAAUCUGUUUCAGCAUAUCCGGCGCCGGUCCGACACCCACCGAGCGCAACGAAUGCUCUCCCUGGCCAGGAGACGUUCGUGGCUGGAACCAUCCUUAUUACUUCAAUUCUCGGUCCCUCCAACCGACGAGAUCCUUCAAUUCUCGGUCCCCUCAGCCGACGAGACCCUCCAACACAACCAUUCAACAUGGUUGUCUUGGAAACACUAUUCCCCUUAUAUCUUUAUCCCUAUAUAUCAGCAGAGCCGCAAUAGAGCCUCAACGCACAGGCCAUCGGCAGAGCCUCAGGCAACCUAACACCACACCAACCACCUAGGGCUUAAGCACAUGUAUCCCGCUAGGAGGACUGUCUGGAGUCGCUUCCAUUUGUUGAAGCAGCACGGGUCAGCUUAGAGAUUAGUAU